AUGCGCGCAGGCCAAAGUAACAAGAAGGAGGAGGAAGAAGAAGAGGGCGGGUCCAUUGUCCCCAAGACUUUCUACGGCCAACGAACGGGCUCCAGCAUCUCAUGGAUUGAUUUCGACGACGAUAGCGACGAUGACCUCGACGAUGACGACGUGGAGAGCGGGCGUGCUGCGGACGCGGACUCUGAGGGGCUGUGCCGUGUGAUGCCGCCGUCUUCUCUUCGCAAUAAAGCGAGACUGGAGUCCGGAGUGGCAGCACGGCGCAUACUUCACUUGCCCGCUUUUAGCGAGACUCGACACCCGUGCUUCCUUUGCAGCCGAAAAGCGCGACUUGCUGGUGGCCAGACGAAGCAAACCAGGAAAAUGUGCGAUGUCUGUUGGCUGCACCUCUGCCUCAACGGCAAGAGGAACUGCUUCGCUGAAUUCCACAGCUAA